UAGUGUGCCUUUGAAUUUCGAGCUGUGGAGAAAAAACGAAGCAGCUGUGGGGCUGGCACUUGGCUCAGAAACUCGGUGAAAGUCUAGCGUUUAAGUUUUAUGUAAGAUGUCGCAACAAAAUUCAGUGUAGAAAUUCGUAAUUCAAAAUUUAGUUCGUUACGCCCGCACACACACGCAGACAGGCCACAAGAAGGACACAGACGACCGCCAAGCAGACGGCAAGCAGGUUGCAGAUUUCAAGCAGUACCGCCCCCAUCCGCAUCCCCAGCAACCCAGCAAUCCACCAUCCUAACAUCCCAACAUCCCAACGACCCCAUCAUCACUCCCUCCAAAGCUGUCGAUUGAGUUCCUGGAAGUUGGCAUUCAAACAGCAGUCUCAUCAUGUCGCAGCAACAUCACAUCCUCUCCGAGGAGGCCGCUCUACGUUUGUUGAACGGUGUCGUGGCCACCGGCAAUGCCACGCCCAUUGGCGCUGUACCGACGUCGCCGCCCACGCCCACGCCACCGUCCGCCCACCUGGUCGACGGGGAACAACUGCACAUGCCCGAGGCCAGUUGCUCCACGGAAUUGAGUGGUGGAGGUGGCGCCGACGCCAUGGCGAUGGCAUCACCCUCCACGCCCAACGCCUCCACCGCUGCCAUGGAGAUAGGUGCGGCCAGGCUGCGGAUGCUGCCGCCCCUCACCCGGCACCCGGCCCAGGAGAGCGUCCACUCGACCAAUGAGUAUGGGAACUCAUGCCGCAUCUGCCGCUGGAAUCGCAGCGACAUGGAGAUCAUAAACUGUCCCUGCAAGUGCAAGGGUAGCGUGGUAAGGGUUCAUCCAUCUGAAGUGCCUCAAGCGGUGGAUCAUGCACCGGCGGGACAAUCGCUGCGAAAUCUGCAAUGCGGUGUUCGACAUCUCGGAGGAGCGGGUGAGCCUGAAGCAGAUGGUGCGGACCUUCUGUUGUGGCCGCUGCUGUGGCCUGAUCGUGAAGCACCUGCUGUUCAGCGCCUCGUUAAUGCCCCUGGCCCACAUCAUCCUGCAGCAGGUGCUGCAGUGUAUGGAUAAUCUGAACCAGGGCAGCACCGAGCAACUAACCGUCCAGGAGGUGUUCGUCGCCUCCUGUGCCCUGCUCACAUCCAGUGCCCUUUUCUUUCACUUUUUCGAGUUCGUGACGACGCGCUGCCUUCUCAUCCGGAACAUAUUGCGCCACUGGUGGAUGUUUGGCAGCACCUCCGACUUUGCCCUGGUCGAGAUCGAGGACGAUUCCAUCGAUCUGUUCUGAUCGCCGCCAGGAGAGAGUAUAACCACUAUCCAUAUUAUCCACAGGGCCAAUCAAUCAAGGAUGCAGUGCCGCAGAGCCAAGUGACAAUGCAAACGGACUCCGGUCAUCUUACAGUAGGCUUCGCCAAAAGAUCGGAUUUUCAAAUUUCGAGUAUUCAAUAAAAAUGCAAACCCUAAAAAGCAAUACAAAAAUUUA